UGUUUCUCCAUCAUCCGAAUGUUUUUGUUCGCGUUAACAUGGGCAUAUAUAUCCAAGGCACUAUCAGCAACUUACAUGAAUGCCAUGCUUACCCAGAUAGAGAGACAAUUCAGUAUUUCAACGUCUAUAGUUGGGCUUAUCAAUGGGAGCUUUGAGAUAGGAAACCUUUUGUUGAUUAUAUUUGUGAGUUAUUUUGGAAUAAAACUGCACAGACCUAUCAUGAUUGGUGUUGGAUGUGCAGUUAUGGGCCUGGGGUGUUUCAUAAUAUCACUACCUCAUUUCCUCAUGGGCAGAUAUGAAUAUGAAACAACGAUUUCACCUACAAGCAACUUGUCCUCAAACAGCUUCUUGUGUGUGGAAAACAGAACCCAGAACUUUAAGCCAAGCCAAGACCCAUCAGAGUGUGUGAAAGAAAUGAAAUCAUUGAUGUGGAUAUAUGUACUGGUAGGAAACAUUAUACGUGGAAUGGGUGAAACUCCCAUCAUGCCUUUAGGUAUUUCAUACAUAGAAGACUUUGCCAAAAAAGAAAACUCUCCUUUAUACAUUGGGAUUUUAGAAGUUGGAAAAAUUAUUGGCCCAAUAAUUGGAUUUUUGUUGGGACCUUUCUGUGCAACCAUCUACGUAGACACAGGGUCUGUUAAUACAGAUGACCUGACCAUAACUCCCACUGAUAUACGCUGGGUUGGUGCUUGGUGGAUUGGCUUUUUGGUCUGUGCAGGAGUGAAUUUCCUGGCCAGCAUCCCCUUUUUCUUCUUUCCAAAAACACUUCCAAAGGAAGGAUUACAGGAUAAUGUGGAUGGAAAUGAAAAUGCCAGAGAGGAGAAGCACACAGCAAAGGCCAAGGAGGAAAAAAGGGGAUUCCCUAAAGAUUUCUUUCUUUUCAUGAAGAGCCUCUCCUGCAACCCUAUUUACAUGCUUUGCAUCCUUACUAGUGUGCUUCAGAUAAAUGGAUUUGCCAGUAUUUUUACUUUCAAGCCUAAAUACCUGGAGCAUCAUUAUGGAACAUCCACUGCAAAUGCGAUCUUCCUCAUUGGUCUUCAUACCUCACUUCCAGUAUGUGUUGGAUGUUUAAUUAGUGGUUUCAUUAUGAAGAAGUUCAAGAUUACUCUCAAGAAAGCUGCAUUCAUAGCAUAUUUCCUAUUCAUGUCUGAGUGCCUUCUAUCUCUCUGUAACUUUAUGCUAAGCUGUGAUAGCAUUCCAGUUGCUGGCUUAACUACCUCUUAUGAAGGAAUUCAGCAGUCUUUUGAUAUGGAGAAUAAGUUUCUUGCUGACUGCAACACAAGGUGUAGCUGCUUAACAAAAACAUGGGAUCCAGUGUGUGGGGACAAUGGCAUAGCAUACAUGUCACCUUGCCUUGCAGGCUGUAAAAAGUCUGUUGGAACAGGAAUCAACAUGGUGUUUCAAAAUUGCAGCUGCAUUCGGUCAUCAGGAAACUCAUCUGCAGUCCUGGGACUGUGUAACAAAGGCCCCAACUGUGCUAAGAAGCUGCAGUACUUUUUAAUCAUAACAGUAUUUUGCUCCCUCUUCUACUCCUUAGCACUCAUACCUGGGUACAUGGUUUUUCUGAGGAGUAUGAAGCCUGAAGAGAAGUCACUUGGAGUUGGAUUACAGGCAUUUUGCAUGAGACUAUUUGCUGGCAUUCCGGCACCUAUUUACUUUGGAGCUUUGAUUGACAGAACCUGUUUACAUUGGGGAACUCAGAAAUGUGGUGCACCAGGGGCAUGCAGGACGUAUGAUAUAAAUAGCUUCAGGGGCAUUUACCUUGGAUUGCCUGCAGCUCUAAGAGGAUCAAGCUUUCUUCCUGCAUUCUUCAUCCUAAGACUUAUCAGGAAAUACCCAUUCCCUGGGGACAUGGACUCUUCAGAAACUGAACUUGCAGAGAUGAAGCUCACUGAGAAGGAAAGCGAGUGCACAGAUGUGCACAGAAGUGCUAAGAUCGAGAAGGACAGAGAACUGAAAACUAAGCUGUAA